UUGCUCGGUUGAUCCUCAACCAUAUCUCACAAUCCAUCCAUGAAGAGAUCGGCGAACACCGAUCCAGUCAUCAUCUCAGUCUAUGUCGAAUCGCCAUCAUCGUGUUCCUCUCGUAAACCUAAUCAUCCCACCAUCAAAAUCAAGCCAAACUCAUCCCCCAGAAACCCUCGAAUUCCGAGGACAGGCGGUUACGAUCGUCGCGCUCAGCUCCUCGCCUAUGCAAGGGAAAUGAGAACCGGAGGUGGGUCUCCGCCGGCAGCACUGCAGACCGAGCGAAAGAAGAGUAGAUGGUCAGCCCAAGCCGGGCCAAAGAAUUUCCGAGUAUGUCUCGAUCGGAUUCUCCAGCGACGGAGCAAGACUCGGAGAUACGAGCGCCUUGGGUCUGACGAAGAAGAAGAAGAAAGAUCGGCCAGUCCUGAGUGCAUCAAGCAGAGAAGUAAAACGCCCUUUUACAGAAAAUUCAGUCGUAUGCUCCGAAAGUUAUCAUGCGGAUGGAGGUGCACGAAAGGAUUACCAUGAUAAGAGGUACGCACGAGUUGUGAGGGAUGAAUCUAAUCGAAAAUUCUCAAUGCUAAACUCUACCGUUAUGGCCGGGAGCUCUUUAUUCGAUCUAGAUCUAACGAGUUUCAUAGGUUUAGGACUUUUUUGUGUCUACGUUUCCUGAUUUAUGUGAAAAAAGAAAAUUCGCUGUAAAACUGGGAUCAGAAC